UGUGGUAUUAAAAUAGAGAUGCAGACAAGACAUUACUGUAACCGAAGCCAACUGAUUUUAAUGCGUUUACUCUAACACUGGAACUCCCCUAAAGGUUUUUGGCUGGCAUCUUUUAACGGUUAAUAACAAAAUAAAACAAAACUGCUAUUUAACCACAAGGAGAGUAUGUGUUUAUGCUUUAAAGAACACCAUUUAGAGGGGAAGAGAGGAAUGUACACUUGAAUGCCGUUCCUUGUCUGCUGCAUUGAGCUUCUUAGAGGAAAGGGAGGAUAAAAACUACAACCUAGAGCAAAUAAGUACGACAAAUCCCGAAAUCCUCAAGUUAAUUGCUAGCUGUGGGUCAGAUUUCAAGUUUCUUUCCUUCAGCCCACCCCAAUACCAGGCUGCUACCCAGUCCGGGAUUUUCUCGAGGAUGCUCAGCUGAAUCCAGUGAAGCGGACGUACAAUUUUAAAGGGGAAGGCCGGAAGAGGAUCUCCAUCUUCCAGCAGAUGACUGACAUGACCCUACCAAGCAGCUUCAAAUACGUCCCUCCUUCGUUUGUGGAGCUGGCUGAGAAAAGGCCCGUGACAUAUUCCUUCAGGAGCGUCUCGAGGGAGGCGCCCACGACUGCCUCCUAUAGAGAUAAGGAUAUAAACACUGACCCUGGGCAGUACGAUCUUUUCCCUCCUCCUGUGCCCACUUUUCCAACCAAGAAUUAUAUGUUUCGAUCUGCAGUUCAACGGCUUAACACUUUUGGUCCGAAAGAAGGCCCAGGCCCGGGUACAUAUAACAUAAAAGAAGUCUUGCCUACGCCUAUUCGGUCAUGCUUCCUGUCCAAAGUACCACGGUUGCUGCCAUCCCAUUCUAAAGUUCCUGGCCCAGGGAGUUACUGGCCUACAAACCAGUCUCCAAAACAACCAAGAACCAUUGAGAGUCUGGGAAGGGAGCACACUAUCUUCUUCAGCAAUACUCCAGAGCUUUAGAAAACAAGAGUGGUGCAGUACACGAAAUUCAGGGGCACCGAUUCUGAAAGACCACUCCUCCUUCUACCUCAUCCAUAUCCCAUUCCUCACCAGGACCGAUCAGCUCACUUUUAUUCCUUUGGCUUUCAGUGGGCCACAGUGCCAACACCAUGAUGCGAUUUUGUGCACUGGGUUCCCUGCCUCCAUUUCCUCCCUGGCCCUUUCCUCACAUCCCAAGAUUCUUCAUUAUUCCUGCUGACGUGGCUCAGUCGUGUUCCUCCACCACUCAGUACGCUUCUUUCUGUUAGCAAGGAAACUGAGCGAUGGGAAUAUAUCCUGACCCCAGAGUCCUUGUGAGCUGCUGGUUGGGCUGAAGCCAGGUUCCUCUGCUGACUCGAGGGCACCAAUUCUCCUGCAUUCCUCUCUGGAUUCGGUAGAGCUUAACCCGAACUAGAUACAAAGAGCGUUUGAUCAAGGACAGCCUCUGCUGGAUGCAAGAUCUGCAGUGGAAAGAAGAAGAAAAAAGAACACAGAUUGCUGAACGAUUUGAGGGGGCUCAGCCGUCACAGCCUUUCCCUGAGGUAGAAGGAAAAAAGACUCUGUUGCUGAUCUUUUUAUAUUCCACAGAUUUCUGUGUCCUCACCCCACCCCACCCCACGUAUUUCCAGUCAGUCAGAGCAUUGCCUAUCACUCAGAAGCAUCCCCACCCCCAGUAAUGGUACUGAAU